CACUAUCAAAACGUGUCCUUGUGAUCGCUGCAAAAGGGUCGCCAUGUGUGAUUUGUUACCAAUCGAGAUUUUGGAGAAAAUCCUCGCAUAUCUGGAUACCGUGGACUUGAUACAGUUCUGUGAUGUCUACCCAAAACUCCAGUUUGUCUUGCAAAACGGAAGAGUGAUUAGAACCAUCGACUUCUCCAGGAAAUUCGAGGUAAUCAAUCUUGACAUAUGUCAAUUCAUCACAACUAAGCUCAACUAUAACUGCAUAAACACUUUGAAAAUCGAUGGGAUAUAUUGGAUACCAGCUGAAGACCUUAGACGUUUAAUCAAGCGUCUAGACAACCUCAAAGAACUGUACGCCUUGGAUACCACUUUAAGCGUACUGGAGAAUGACAUUGUGGAAUAUUUCAAACUAAGAAGAUUAUCUCUAACCGUUGAAGAUGUUCAUUUCGAGCAAGAGACAGUUUUAUUCGCCAGGCACCUUUCAGAAUUGAAAUACUUCUUCGUGAAGAUAACCUGGAAGCAAGAAGACCAUGCCACUGGAGCUACAAACUUGAUGUCUUUCUUCUCAAGAAUGAAGCAGCUGAAAGAAUUGUGGGUGUGUGACAUUGAAGAAAGCUUGAACAGAAUAGACUAUGAAAGAAUAACAGUUUCAUUGCCGAAUUUGAAUAAGCUUGUUAUAAAAACGAGAGGUAUGCUACCAUAUUAUGACUGGAAAUAUUUAGGAUUGUACAAAGUUUUUGAAUGUAAAAGGAAUCAUUUUGAAACUGAUUGCAUUUGGGAAAAAGUCAGAACUAGGGGUUCCAUACUCAGACUAUCGUCAUUUGAUUCUACAAAGACUGGGCUUGAAAAAGGUUGGAAUACCUUUACGAGUUUAUGCAAAGACCUGCCUUGUGGAAUGUCAGAAAGCAGAAAACUUUAUUUAGGCGAGGAUAUCAUGAAUAUUACCUUCACAGAUUUAAAUUUUUGCCAUACGGUUUUGAUAUGUAACGCGAAAUAUUACGAAGCCGCAUUUGAAAUGCUUUCUUCUCCAAAUGCAAUAAGUUUGAAAAGGCUGAGUUUCAGAUCAUGCAUUUUUUCUACUGUUGAGCAGGAUAAAUUGAAAACUCUCACAAACGGCUUCAAAAAAAAUCAAAUUAACUCUGAGGGGCAUUCAUUCAGCGAAGUGGCUGAAAAUAUAAAGUAUUUGACUGAGUUGGAGGUCUAUACCUGCCCUGAUUGUAUUAUUGACUGGUCUGAAUCUGGUUAUAUAUCUAUAAGUACAUUCGCAAAUCUAGAAAGAUUGACAUUAGAAGUUUUACAUUUGGUAGAUGGGUCCUUUCUUGAAGAAAUAUUCUUGAAGUGUGGGAAUCUACGUUUUUUCAGUUUAACUUGUGAAAACCCCAACGAAAUGUUCUUUUUCAAUCUAUGUAGACACUUGAGACAUGCAUCUGCAUUGAGAGAUUUCAGAUUGGUGUAUAAGAAAAUUGCUAUAGACACUCUCAUCAAAAGUUUUAAUAGCAUGAGGGACAAAAAGUUACAACGGAUAUUUUUGAGCUGCGAGUAUAUACGAUAUGCUUGCAAGAAGACUGGUAAAAAUAUCUAUGCUGAAUUCUUCCAAGAGAAUCCUCAGCUCGUGUUAUUUUUUCUAGUUGCUUCUAAACAGACGGGAAAGCAGAAUAACGACAUUCAGAAAACUUUGAAUGAAUACAGGGACCACCCUUCUAAAGUUUUCCUCAUGCAUAAAGAUAUUAGUUUUGUGAAAACUGGCUUUCCUAUACCAAGUGCGCAUCACGAUAUUGUUUUCAAUCGAACGAAUGUGUCUGUUGUACAUUUUGAGGAAUUCAGCACUAUCAGUUCAUAA